AUGGUCCAGCCUCUCCUUGACAGUUGGGUGGCCCAUGGCCAGCUCCAGCACCCAGUCACCAUCCUGCCCAACCACCAGAUGAAGGGCAGCCACGUGACAAAUGGCUGCAUAGACAGCCUUGGCCUGGCGCCCGCUGCCAACUCCAAGGAAACCUGGGGCAGGGCCCCAGAGCCAGCCCCGACAUCCCCUGCCACGACCAGGGUGUCACCCAUCACCAGGUCUCCUUCAGCCGCACUGGUCCUCAAGGGCCCCACGGCCCCAUGCGAGCUGGACAAGCUCAGCCAGGAGUGGCUGUGCCCGGCCCAGGCCCUGGUCAGCUCUGGCACCUGCAUGGGCCUGGUGAGGGCAUCUUCCGCCCGCCCCAGUGAGAGCGAGGAGGGCUCUUGUGCCAAGCACCCCUGGUCCUGCUCCCGCUCCAAGUGCUGUGCCUAUCGGUCCUGCGUGGGCGCCCUCUCCCUGGUGCUCCCUGCAGGCUCCCACUGGCCGUCCACGGGCUGCGUGACGCUGGCUCUGCCUGCCUGCUCUGCUACUACCUGCUGCAAGCACGCAGACAGCGCCAGGUGCCAGGUGCUCACCGCGGACCCCAGGCUAGCAGACCCAACAGGCCUAUUUGAUGCUUUGGGCUGA